AUGGCCGAUCCAGUUUUUGCUCCCAGAAGACUCAACUCAGCAGCUUUUGAAAUGCAGCGCAAGUCCUCGUUCUCUAAGCUGGACGCGUCUCAGCACACUCGUGUGCUCGCCUUCGACUACUCCGGAGAUGUGAGCCCCGGUGCCUUUUCCGAAGGGCAGCAGAAGCUCUGGAGUUUGAUGCACAAGCACAUGUCUACCGACGCCGCCACCAUUCAGAGACAAAUCGUCAACCACGUCGAGUACACUCUGGCGAGAAACCGCUUCAACGUCGACCAGGAGUCUGUGUACCGUGCUACCGCUUAUAGCAUCAGGGACCGUCUGAUCGAGCUGCUCAACGACACCAACCAGUACUUUGUCACGAAGGAUGUCAAGCGCUGCUACUACCUCUCCUUGGAGUUCCUGGUGGGCCGCGCAAUGCAGAAUGCUCUGGUUAACUUGGACAUCGAGGAGCAGUACAGAAAAGCCCUUGGCGAUCUUGGAUACAAGUUGGAGGCGUUGUACGAGUACGAGCACGAUGCCGCUCUUGGCAACGGAGGUCUGGGACGGCUUGCGGCCUGCUUCCUUGACUCUAUGGCCACCACCAACUACGCCUGCUGGGGUUACGGUAUCCGUUACACCUACGGCAUCUUUGAGCAGAAGAUCGUGAACGGCUGGCAGUGCGAGUACCCCGACUACUGGCUCAUCCAGGACAACCCUUGGGAAGUUGUGCGCCACGACGUCACCUACGCGGUCCGUUUCGGCGGCCACGUCAAGAGCUACACCGAUGAGAAGGGUCGGUUCCGCCAGAAGUGGGUCGGCGGCCAGAUCGUUCAGGCGGUUGCUUACGACAACCCCAUCCCCGGCUUCGACACGUUCAACUGCAUCAACUUGCGUCUGUGGAAGGCUGCCCCGUCAAAGGAGUUCGACUUUGACUCAUUUAACGCGGGCAAGUACAUGGAGGCCAUCAAGGACCGUCAGGACGCUGAGUCCAUCAGCUCGGUGUUGUACCCGAACGACAACAUGCCGGAAGGCAAGGAGUUGCGUCUGAAGCAGCAGUACUUCUUCGUGUGCGCGACAAUCCAAGACGUGCUCCGUCGCUUCAAGAAGAAGGAAAACCGUGACUGGCGCGACCUGCCGAAGAAGGUGGCACUCCAGCUGAACGACACGCACCCGACCAUCGGAAUUCCAGAGUUAAUUCGUAUUCUCGUGGACGUGGAGGGGCUGGAGUGGGACGUGGCGGUGGACAUCACAAGGAAGGUCUUCGCGUACACAAACCACACGGUUCUACCGGAGGCGCUGGAGAAGUGGUCGGCUUCGUUGAUGGCUAGACUCCUGCCGAGACACAUCCUCAUCAUCAACGAGCUCAAUCACCGGUUCUUGCAGGAUGUGAGAUCCGUCUGGGGAGACGACUACAGCAAGAUCAGCAAGAUGAGCAUCUACGAGGAUGGCUACGAGAAGUUAAUCCGCAUGGCCAACCUGGCAGUCAUUGGCGGCCACCGAUGCAACGGUGUGGCGGUGAUCCACUCGGACCUGGUCAAGCGGGACCUUUUCCCAGAGUUCGCUGAGUACUUCCGGCUGAAGGGUGAGCCUGACUACUUCACGAACGUGACUAACGGCGUGACCCCGCGUAGGUGGCUGCACAAUGCGAACCGGCUGCUUUCGAACUUGAUCAGUCAGUGGCUCGGCAGCGACGGCUGGCUGAAGGACUUGACGAUGAUCAAGGGGCUCGAGAACCACAUUGAGGACCCGGCCUUGAUCAAGGAGUGGGCCGAAGUGAAGUUGAAGAACAAAGAGCGCCUUGCGCUCUGGAUCAAGCACCACGGCGGCCCGGAGGUGGACCCGAAAACGAUGUUGUUUGACGUGCAAGUGAAGAGACUCCACGAAUACAAGAGACAGCACCUGAACGUGUUCUACAUGCUGCAUCGCUACCUCACCAUCAAGGAUAUGUCACCGGAGCAACGGCGUAGCAUGGUGCCGCGUCUCAGCAUGGUCGGCGGCAAGGCUGCGCCGGGCUACGCGACGGCCAAGACAAUGAUCAAGAUGAUUAACUGCGUGGGCGACUUGGUGAACAAUGACCCUGACGUCUCGCCGUACUUCAAGGUGUUCUUCCUGCCCAACUACAAUGUCUCCUCGGCGGCCGUUAUCAUUCCCGCUUCAAACAUCAACCAGCAGAUCUCGACAGCCGGUAUGGAGGCGUCCGGCACAUCGAACAUGAAGUUUGUUAUGAACGGCUCGCUCAUCAUCGGCACCAUGGACGGAGCCAACGUCGAAAUCGUGGAGGAAGGCGGUGACGACACGGCCUUUAUCUUCGGCGCACUUGAACCCGACGUGGAGCGGAUCCGCCGCAAUGCCCGCAACGGCGACUACCCCAUCGACCACCGUCUGCAACGCGUGUACAACUUCAUCCGUUCCGGUGCUCUAGCCCGAGGCGACUCCAAUGCACAGUCGCAAUUCUGCGGCCUGAUCGACCGCCUCCUAAACAACGGCCACGACGCGAACGGCGAUUAUUACCUUGUUGCUCAUGACUUCCCCUCCUACAUCGACGCCAACGAACGCGUCGACCGCCUAUACAAAGAUGAAACCGCGUGGUGGACCACCACCAUCAAGGCCGCCGCCAACAUGGGCAAAUUCAGCACUGACCGCACCAUCCACGAAUACGCACAAAACAUCUGGAACCUCACCACAUGCGAAGUCGUCGGACCCACCCAGGACCAAGUCAAACGCCUCAUGAGCAACGCCUCCAUCACCGGGCCCCCCACCGGCAACGAGAACGCCACACUGAACAAGAACUCCGCUGAGAAACCCGCAGCCGGCCAACCUACCACUACUCUGCCCACGACUACCGAACCCGCUACUCAGAAGCCUAAGCCCGAACGGGAGACGGCACCCGGCACACCCAUGGCAAUCAAUGCGGCACAGAAGAAAUAA